ACAGGCUGGUGCUUUAUUCUCUUUACAGCCUGACCCCACCCUGACUCUGAACAACCCCACACCAGCUCUGAAAUAAAAGGAUGAUCGACAACCUACAGACCAAAGAGUGGACAGUUUGGGAUAGUCUGAGCAACUGCUGCAUCGUCAACCUGGUCCCUUUAAUCAUGCUGAAGGACAGUAUGUUGGUGUUAAUCUUCCUCUGUGUCACGAUGAUCCCUCUGAAUGCAGAGAAGGAGGCUGCAUUAAACCCAACCUCAGCACCUGAAUAUCCUGAAGGGGGGGUCCAGAAUAUUUCUGUCCAGGCUGCCAAACAGAAAUCCACCAACACUGCCCUGAAGGCCUCAGGUGUCCCAGUGCAGGUCCAGUCAGGUCUGUCUCGGCUCAUCAAGAUCCCUCUGAGCUUGUUUCCUGACUCUGUAGACGACAUGUACCACGGCUGCUCCCACAAGAUGCUGAUCAAAGUGAAGCGUCGCUACCUCCCGCAGAGCACCAGAGAGGGCUUGCACUCCACCUACACCAAACUCUGUGCCCUGAAAGCCAUGAAGGAGAAGGACCCGUACGACCCGCUGUCCUGGAAUCACUUCAGGGCCCUUUGUGCCUACACAGCCGGGUCAUAUGACGACUUAAACCGAGCAGUCCGCCAAGGGAGGGCUUCCUACAAGACCUCGUUUGAAUUCCAUGCCCUCCACUUCCUGCUUUCAGACGCUAUUCGGCUCCUAAAACUCAACCAGAGAAAUUGCUACACAAGCUACCGGAGAAGCAGACUGCUCUUCAGCGGCGAGUCUGGACAGACGAUCCGCUUCGGAUCAUUCGCCUCCAGCUCCCUGAACAAGGACCUGCGGCAGUUUGGCCGUAGGACCUGCUUUGAGAUCCACACGUGUUUUGGCGCCUACCUCAAGUCGUACUCGGAGUUCGACUCGGACGAGGAUGAGGUGCUGAUUCCUCCGUACGAGAUGUUCAAAAUCGUGUCCAUGGAUACGUCAGGAGAGGACGAUUUAAAGUGUGAUGUCGUGUUCAAGCUGGAGACUGCUGGAGUUUACAGCAGUCUCAACUGUCAGGCUGCGGGCCUGCUUUAAAAAGUCACGAUUUAAAAGUGUACACGGUCGUUUGAAUGUUUAUUAUUUAAAUAUAUGACAUUUAUAGCAGUGAAGAGAGACUUUCUCUACAUUUAAGUAUCUAAAAUCUAUUACACUCCUGGAUUAAAGGCAGGGUUGGUAAUUCUCCUCCAGAUCCACUUUUUAAGAUUUUGGUUGAAAUUGU